AUGGCGCUUUCAACGCCGCUGACUCAGCAGGCUGUGUCUCCUCUCUAUCUGACUGCUGCCGUUCUCGUCGCUGUUCUCCUGUUUCUUUUUGUGCAAAGCAAGAGAGCAAGGCUUGGUCACAUUCCCGGGCCCUGGCUGGCCAAAUACACCAAUCUAUGGCGUGGUUACCAAGCAUGGAGACUCAACCACCACAACGAAGGCGUCAACAACUACCAGAUCAACAUGAUCGGCCGCUAUGGGGAUGUAGUCAGAAUUGGCCCCAAACAUGUCCUCGUCUACGACCCCGAGGCUAUCGACACGAUAUAUGGCUUCCGAGAACGCCUUGACAAGGCAAAGUGGCAAGCUCACCUUUUCACAGGCACUGAUCAGACGGCCCUGGUCAGCAUCCAGGACGAGAAAACCCACGGAAUCUACAGACGACCUAUUGCCCAUGCUUAUUCGUUGUCGUCUCUGAAAGGCUAUGAGCCGUACAUCGAUGAAACAAUCGAGAAAUUGAUCAAAGAACUUGAUAAACAUGAUGCUGACGGUACCCCAAUCAACAUGACCCGUUGGCUUCAAUACUGGGCCUUCGACGUAAUGUCGAAGAUCUCAUUCGGCGAACCGCUUGGCUUCCUUGACCACGGCUAUGACUUUAACGGCAUGAUCCAGGCCCAAAGAGAAAACUUCAGAUACAUCAGCGUCGCCAACAACUUCCCGCUCCUCGACACCCUGACCAAGCGCAACCCACUCUUGAAAUGGUUCACGAAGAAGCCGAGUAUGUUCUUCACUUUCGCUAGGCGCGUCGUCUCUGAGCGCCUGGCCAAGGCCUCUAAGGAUCCGGAGGCACAGUCCCAGUCUCGACGUCACGAAGACCUGUUGGGCAGCUUCAUCGCAGCCAGGAAAGCAUACCCAUUGAUGACGGACCUUCGAAUCACCCAUCUUACAGCGACCAAUGUCCUGGCUGGUGCCAAUAACAGCGCUCGCGCCAUGGAUGCAACCAUUCACUGGCUGACCGAGCACCCGGAAGCCCAGGAGCGGCUUAACAACGAAAUCCGGAGCGUCAACAUGGCCACGAUGAAAGAGGUCGACACCGAGGGCCCCGCAGCACUCGAACUGGCCCUGAAAAUGCCUUACCUGGACGCCGUGAUCCAAGAAUCCUACCGACAGUUCGGAGCCCCUGCCAACAACCUCGAGCGCGUGGCGGGCAGAAGUGGCCUCACUUUGCCCAACGGCACGCACCUGCCUCCCGGGACGGUGAUUGCGAUGAACGCCGCAUCAAUGGCCAUGCUACCGCACAUCUUCGGCAAGGACGCCCGGGUAUUCAAUCCGGAGCGCUGGAUGCAGCAGAAGGGAGAGAGCGAGGACGAGUUCCACGAACGUCGGCUCCGGAUGCAGAGGUCCAUGCUCGUCUUUGGCCACGGCAGUCGGAGCUGCAUUGGGAAGAACAUCGUGCAGCUGGAACUGUACAAGAUAUGGGCCACGCUGUUGAGGAUCUACAAGGUGAGUUGA